CACGCUGUCGUCAUUUCCGGCUGGAGUUGGCGCAGAAGUUCGAAACAAACCUGAGCUGUUGGGACGACGAAGCACGAAUGGACAGCGUGAUCAUCCUCAGCAGCAGUGAAGACGACUCGGACACCGAGCCCUCGCUGCUCGAGCCCUCGGUGCUUGUCGUAGAAGAAGCGCUGCCAGUGCUCAAGCAUCAAGAGAACAGUGAAGUUGUGGACGAUGACCUGUCAAUCACCUACACCCAGAAAGGGAUGGUCCUUCCUCACGCUCGCUCAGACUGCCCCGCCCACCCUUUCAGGGAGACUGCAGGUCCUGAGCUGGGGAACACACACACAUCUGAGCUGAAUAUCUCCUUCUGUGAGCAGUGCUUCUGUUACGUCUGUGAUGCACCAGCCUCUGAGUGUGAGGUGUGGCGUUCCCACUGUGAUGCCCAUCCUCGCUGUAGUCUCUGGCGUUCCCAGAGGGAGAUUCGGACUCUAGGAACUCUGCACAAGCUGGGAUUCACUGUAGAGGACAUGGACGAGGAGUUACGCACCGCAGAGCACUCUCUUCACAUCUUUUCUCAGACCCUGUCAAAGCACUUUUCAACUUUCCAGCAGUCAGGACUCAGGCCUGUGUUUGAGUGUGUGUCUGAGUUCGUGUCCAAGGCGGAACAAGAGAACCUGAAGACUGGAGCCGUCAUGAUGCUGGGCGCCACUCAACUCUUCCUCACACACCCACAACCUCACAACACAGGGUCAUGUGAACCUCUCGUUGACCUCAAAGACGAAGCAGUUUACCUACUUUUACACAGAGUGUUUGAUUGGUUACUGCAGGUGUGUGUGGACGUCACGUUGCCGUCUCCAGUUGUCCACAAGCUGCAGGUCGUCUGCUCCUCACUCACAGUUCCCCACAACUGUAAAACAGUCUGGCUGAGCGUGCUGGCGGUGCGUGUGUGGGAUGACCCCUUGCUGGUGGCGGUGCUGAAAGGUCAGAACGUCAGCGGGAGGUCGAAGAAGACGAAGAGCAUCCUGCAGGAGAGUAGCGCCGUGGUAACCACCCGUGUCCGUCAUCUGCUCCAUCAGAAAAGGUACAGGGAAGUUGCGCGCUACUUGAAGGUGGUGGAAAGUGACAAGACUUCUGUUGUACAGGAGCUUAGAGACAUGGUGCCACUUUACCUGUGUCAGGCAGGUGAUUUCCAGGCUGCCCUUGAAGCAUUAUUUAGUCCGAUAGGCCACACCCCUGCCUGCCCGGCGUCCCGGUUGACUCCGCCCACUCUCCACGCCUACCUCCGAGUCUUCACCACGGGCCAAGUGCCCAGGCCACACCCCUCCACAGAGCACCACCCAAUGGCGGCCUGCCAAUGGGAGCCAAUCAAAGGUGUGCGUGCGUUGAAGACUCCUCAAGUAGUCAAAUUUGCACUGAGAGUUCUUCACUACAAUAACUCCACCUUCAGUGACGUGCCGACGUGGGAGAACCUUGUAGUGUUUGUGAGUUCUGAGAGAGAGAGUUCUACGAGGGUCAACCUCACUGCAUUCCCACAACCAGACGUGCAGUUUCUGAAGAAGGCUUGUGACUUCACCAUGGGCAUCUUAACCGACCUGAGGGGGGCCACUCACCUACAGAUUCCCCAGAGCUUCAUGGGGGUCUACCCGAGGCAGGCUCUUCUCCUAUUGGUCAGUGAGGCUUUAGCUCAACGGAUCGACCAAUUACCUCUGCACACUGCCCUCAACCUUCUCCUCAAAUACAGGCUGAAUAUGUGGGCGUUGCGGUGGCUGUUUCAGCGUCUCUCUGACAAUCUGUCUCUUCAGUCUCUCAUCAGCACUGCUCUCAAGGAGCUGCUACAACCCCACCCUCGGACACUGAGUCCAGAUGAGAACAUCUUCAUCGCCGACUUCCUCUGCUUCUACUUCCUGGAAGGGGAGUGUUUGGCUCCGCCCAUCACUAAUGUGCUGUUGGCCAACUGGAAUGAGUCUUAUUUUCCCUGGCAGUUUCAUCUCCGUCAAGCACUGGAGCAGUGGAGUGCUGGUUUGAGUCCUGAGAAGUACAACAUCCUGCAGAGAAUGAAGGCUGCUGUGACUACCUAUUAAAAUGCACACACACACACACACACACAGAGAAAUCCU